AUGCUUCUUCCUCGAUUCCUGACCGUAUCCUCGUGGUUUCCUGUUGCCGCAGUUGGCGCGGCAGACACGUUGAUGAACGGCGACACACUAUCCCGAUUUGAGGUUGCCGGGGCCACAAGAUAUUCCCCCGCGGUUGAUCUCCUCCUCCUCGCCAUCAAGCUCACGUCUGGCGCAACGCAGUACAUGAACUAG